CAAUGGGGCGGCGGGGGCGGGGUGCAGCCGUCACCUGACUGGGACGGCGCCGGAGCGCCGCCAUGACCACGGCGCUGACCCAGGGGCUGGAGCGCAUCCCGGACCAGCUGGGCUACCUGGUGAUCAGCGAUGGGGCCGUGCUGGCGUCGUCAGGCGACCUGGAGAACGACGAGCAGACGGCCGCCAUCCUCUCCGAGCUAGUAGCCACGGCCUGCGGGCUGCGGCUCCAACGCGGCCACGAUCCCCCUUUCAAGCGCCUCUCAGUGGUGUUCGGGGAACACUCCCUCCUCGUCACUGUCUCUGGACAGAAGCUCUUCGUGGUGAAGCGGCAGAACCACGUCCAGGAGCCCGUUGCCGUCUGAGAGGUGUCCCUGCUGUUGCCAAGAGUGGGGGGGACCGGUCCCCCUCAUCCCCACUGUCCCCAGAGCCUAACGGGAAGGGGUGGGGGACACACACCGGCUUCCCUGGCCCUGCAGCAACACCCACUCGUGUCCCUGUCGCCUCGGGGGGGGCCUUGGGGACUGGUCCUCCACAUCCCUGCAGUCCCCAAGGCCGCGUGGCAUCCCCUGCGUGCCUCGGGACCCCACAGUGUCACCCCCCCCACACACGCUGUCCCGCUAAUGAGGCAAUAAAUUAUGUCCUGGUG